AUGUCUGCUGUUGCUAGACAAUUUCCUGGGGACAAGUUGCUAAAAUACUUUGGUACGGCUGAUAGUUUGGAUAACAAUCUGGAAUUGAAUGCCGGCAACUCUGAGCAGGACGUCAAUAUGGGCUCUGACAAGGAGUUAUCCACAAAUGACCUGGAUCCCAGUGGUUCACAAAACUUGGAUGCAGAAGACCAGGAGGAAACUCAUACAUACAAUGCAAUCAGAUUUCAUACCUACAAAUUGGAUGGGGAGCAAUCUGAGUGCUCUGACUACUUGCGCGGGAGUUGGUACCAUAUCCCAACACCCCCUCCUUCUCCCCCAAGCUCCCCUCCACCCAACCAGAAUGUUCCUGAACCAUUAGAGGAUGAAGACAGGUUUCAAAACCUCAAUGCUAUUGAUUUUUGCAAGUAUGAUCAAUGGUACGCUGAGCCGGAUACUGGUGAAGAUGUUGAAAUGCAUAAGUCUCAUGGAAUGAUACUCUAG